AACUAUAUCAAACAUUCACGCCGAUCUCUGCUACAUUAAGCCUCUCUCUUCUCUCUCUCUCUCCUCUGCUGGCGACAUUCGCAGCUCUCUCCUAACUCCAAUUUCGUUUCUCUUUACAAUCCCACGCAUUUCAAAUUCGGGGUUAUAUUAUAAAUUCCAUACCUUUUUCCGAAUAAUCUAGUAUUUUUUUUAUGUUCAAUUGUGUUUCUGUAUCUCAUACAUUUGGGGCUUGUAGUGAUCGAUCUUUCGCAAGGACGUUUGGAAGGAAUAUGAUGCUUUGUAGUAUGGAGCAAAAUUGAGUUAUUGGAGAGGCAACUUCGAUAUAUUCUGCUUGAGUUUCUUAAAAGAUCGGUUUUUGCCUUACCCUUGACCUUGAGUUGAGCGACUAUUUUCUUCAACAUGGGAACCUCACAUCGCAGUGGGGUUUUAAGGAGAUCAAACGACACUGCUCGACUUCUAUUAACAACAAUCAUGGGAAUGGUCCUGGGAUAUUUUAUAGGUGUUUCGUUUCCAUCUGUUUACUUAAGCAAGAUUAAUCUACCUUCAAGUUUAAUGACAUCUCUUGAUAUGGCCUUUACCGAUGAUCCUCGUAGUUCUACUAGUCGCAGUUUUCCUGAAAACCUUGGUACCGGAAGUACUCCUUUGACACCUAAGAUAUAUGUUCCUACAAAUCCCCGUGGUGCAGAGUCUUUGCCACCAGGAAUUGUUGUCUCAGAAUCUGACUUUUAUCUACGGAGAUUAUGGGGUGAGCCUAAAGAGGAUCUGAAAAGAAAGCCAAAGUACCUAGUGACAUUUACAGUUGGUUUUGAACAGAAGAACCAUAUUGAUGCAGCAGUGAAAAAGUUCUCUGAGGAUUUUCAAAUACUGCUUUUUCAUUAUGAUGGUCGAGCCAGUGAAUGGGAUCAGUUAGAGUGGUCACGUCAAGCCAUACAUGUCAGUGCAAGAAAACAAACAAAGUGGUGGUAUGCAAAGAGAUUUUUACACCCAGAUGUUGUAUCAGCUUAUGAUUACAUUUUCAUUUGGGAUGAAGAUCUUGGAGUUGAGCACUUCAAUGCUGAUAAGUAUAUUCAGUUGGUUAAAAAACAUGGUUUAGAGAUCUCCCAACCAGGUCUCGAACCCAACAAUGGACUUACAUGGCAGAUGACUAAGAGGAGAGGUGACAGAGAAGUUCACAAGGAUACAGAGGAGAAACCAGGCUGGUGCAGUGAUCCGCGUUUGCCUCCAUGUGCAGCCUUUGUAGAAAUCAUGGCUCCAGUAUUUUCUCGUGAAGCUUGGAGAUGUGUUUGGCAUAUGAUUCAGAAUGAUUUGGUGCAUGGAUGGGGAUUGGAUUUUGCAUUACGAAGAUGUGUCAAUCCUGCGCAUGAAAAAAUUGGUGUCGUUGACUCACAAUGGAUUGUUCAUCAAGUGAUUCCGUCACUUGGAAAUCAGGGACAGACCGAUAAUGGAAAAGCUCCAUGGCAAGGGGUACGAGAGAGAUGCAGAAACGAAUGGAGGAUUUUCCAGGAUCGGCUUUCUACUGCAGACAAGGCAUACUUUUCUCAGCGGUAGAAUGGUGUGAGUCGUGUGACGGCCCCCCCCGCCCUAUAGUUGUGUAUAUUGCUUGUCAUUUCCCUUUACUUCCCAUCAUCUCGAGUGUUGUUUUGUAGCCUAAUUCUUUCUGUGAGAAACAGCUUUUUCGCGAGGCGUAGAUUGACCACGUUAAGAUUAGUGUGAAAUCACCAUUAGAUGAUGUCAAAGAGAGAGCAUUUUGUGAGCAGGUAUGUUGAUUUGUUUUCUUGUAUUGUUGGUCAAGUGCUCUUCUAUGUUUCUGUUCCAAUGUAAUCUUCGAAUUAUUAGGUAUUAAAUGGAGCUAUAUCGAUAUCAAA